AUGAACACUCCACGGGGCCGCAUGGAGCGGAUUCCAGAACUAAGACAGAUGUUGCCACCAAUAAUGAAUCAUGACACGAUCGUAAAACCUUCAGAGAUUAUUAUUCUCGACUCUUUUCGCGAAAGUUCGUACCAAGCGCGCGUUCUGGAAGGAUUCGGUUCGAUUCGCGCCAGAAGAAAAAAAACACACGAAGUGGUACAGAAGGAGAAAUCUCGUGUCAGGCUACUUGUGCUCCAGACCGCAGUUCGCGAGGAUUUUGGCUCGAAAGGGAAAGGAAAGGAUCAAAGCCACGUCUUGGCAGCACGCCUCCCGAUGGUACCUGGAGUGCAGGAAGGGUUUUUUCGGAUGAGGCCGAGUGGUGGAAGCGAGGCGAGCAGGCAUGAAGACACUAUGGCAUGGCUCGUCUCGUAUCGGGAGGACACAGAAACAUACAGUUACAGUAGGAUUGUUGGAGGUGGGAGGGAGAGUGAAACAGCGAUCACGAUGGUUGUGUAUGAGGUGGAGGGUACCAAGGCAUUGCGUUCGCGAUGGGAGUGGAGCGAUGCAGCUUGGCUCAGCUGGUGGUCCAGGUCUGGGCGGCGGCAGAGGCGAGCUUCGGCCUUCGUGAUUGCACAGCGCGGUGGUGGCGACGGCGACGGCGACGACGAUGGAAGGUGUGACGAUGGUCAUGUGCUCGGCGAUUGGGCGCACGCCGACCACAUUUUCAUUGCGGGCGCCGACAACGAGGCCGUCUUCGGAGUAGUGCUUGCAGGCGAACGGAGGAGGAAUCAGGAUGGAUGGCUGCUCGGGGGACCUCUGGAAUUUGCUCAGCGCUGGCUGCGGAAGGGGAGUUGCAUUCCGGGCAGCUUCCCCGACAACUUCACGAACAGCACGACAUGGUCUGAUGCCGGCACAGAGCAGCUGCUGAAAGGCGCAUCCAAGGGCAAAGAACGCCACACAUCUGGCACGCGUGAUUGGCCGCGCGCAACCCCGUGGAGCGCCCCGACUGAAUCUGGAGGCAUCCACGUGAGAGCGCAUAUGCAAUUUCGCGCUUCCUGUAUUCUAAUGUGUCGUCCGUGCGCUCGCCCGCUCCCCGCCAAAGCUGGAGCAUGUGCUGCGGCUUCUUUUAUAUUAGACUCGCGUGUUUCCUCUUCGCCAUUGUUUCCGACACAACGUGCAUUCGCUCCACUCCUUCCUCCUCUCGCCCUGCCCUCGAUAACCGACGUCGGCCCUCGAGCUCACUCACCUUGCUUGGAAGCGACUUCCACCCUUCGCUCCGCUGCAUACCUACAACAACAACACCUAUAG